CAAAGAUUAAUGGCUUUGGUAACCGCAGAGUUAUUCAACCUAGAAGAGGGAAGAAUACGGUGUAUAUAUAGCGCCAUUGUCACUUUGAAGUUAUGCAUCUACUAACAUAAGGUAAGCAAUGAGCUAUAAUGAGUUUACUGGGGCCUUGGCCCUAUUGGGAAAACCGUCAUCAGAGACAACAUUAUGUCUUUCAUUUCCAUGCCACGUAAGGAAGCAAUUUCUUAUUACCUUAGGCAAACGUCCAUCUGCCUUGCACUUAUUAUACGUUGAUUCGCGUAUCUAUGGCACAGUUCCACUCGGCAAGGGGAAAGAAAGCCGUAAUAUCCUCUAUAGGCUAGUUUAUUCCCACAUUAUCACCUUACAAGAUGCUGACAACAUGCGACACGAUUAAUUUGCGGCUCCUUCGCGUCGUUCGGAUGCCUUAUCUUCGGAGGUUGCUCUCCGAUAGUAGAAUAUAAACAAUGAAUAAAAUGAUUUCUCUUCUACACUUCUGAAAAAAAGAUAUAAUAAAGAAAAGAAAAGAAAAGAAAAACACCUACGCAGUUUUGUGAGACCACAAGGUUGAGUCAUGCGACCAUUUUCCUUUUUCGGUGCGUUGGUGCUAUGUCGUGGCACUGUUGCAGCUGAGGGCAAUCCGGAAGUUGUUGACGCCAAGAACAAUGUCACGUACCGAGGAUUCAAUCGUAAUGGUGUCGAGGCGUUCUUGAAUAUUCCUUACGGACAAGACACGAGCGGGCCGAACCGAUUCAAGCCGCCGCGACCCUUCGUGCCGGAGUCAGGUAGCAUAAUCGACGCCCUCUCUUAUGGCCCUGCAUGCCCUCAACCUCUAGGGAAUGAGUUGUUCCCGUUAGGGUUUACCGAUACGACGGAAAUAUCGGAAGACUGUCUGAACUUGAAUGUGAUAAGACCUAAAAGUCUAUGCCCUGAAGACCGGCUUCCGGUCCUGGUCUGGAUCUAUGGCGGCGGUUUUUGGUCUGGUCAGAACCGGGAAAUUACUAAUGCGCCCGAUGGCAUGAUCCUCGAGUCUGUCGCAAACGGGCUUCCAAUUAUUCACGUGACCAUGAAUUAUCGCCUCGGGUUCUUUGGGUUCGCACAGUCUAAUGCUCUCGAGGUGGAAGGUUCUGAAAACGCCGGAUUGAGAGACCAGCGGCUCGCAAUUGAGUGGGUUCGCGACAAUAUUGAGUAUUUCGGCGGGGAUCCUGAAAAGAUCACUAUCCAUGGACAAUCCUCUGGUGGUCUCGCUGUCGGCAUACAGAUUAUGGCUUAUGGUGGAAGCAAGCCUGUUCCAUUCCAACAGGGGAUAUGCGAAAGUCAAGCCCUGGAGCCAGGGAUUAUUGCGAAUUUUACCAUUGAUGCCCUGCAGCUCGUCGUAGACCAUGUUGGCUGCAACACGAGCGCUUUACACUCGCAAGAGACAGUAGCGUGCUUGCGGGGCCUAGACAUGGACACACUCCUGAAUGCUUCGGCGGCGACGCACCAAGUCGAUAUCGCUCACAAUAUCGGCGAUGUCUGGUUGCCAGUCGUUGACGGCGACUUCCUUCCUGCUCCACCAUCUCAACUUAUAGCCGAAGGGAGAUUCGCUAAUGUAACGGUCAUGAUGGGCUGGUGCGAUAAUGACUUGACUGUUUUUACGGAUACCGAUAUUUCUACGCCACAGGACACUCGCAGCUUCGUCAAGUCGUACAUGUCUUUCGUGAGCGACUCUGACAUCAAUGAGCUACUUUCUCUGUAUCCAUCCUCCGAUUUUCCCCCUAACCCGGCGGCCAACCUAUCGAGCGAGUUCUACCGCGCCGCGCGCAUAUUUCGGGACGUCCUGAUGGUGUGCGAGCCGGUCUACUACGGCGCUGCACUUUCUGCCAAGGGCAAUAGCGUCUAUCUAUAUGACUGGAAUCAGACUAUUUUAGAUCCUAUCUUAGAAUUCGAAGGCGUGCCGGGGCUCGGCCCGAUACAUACGUCCGAAUUUGCCUACAUCUUUGGAAACAUCUCGCACUACAAAUAUGGAGACUUCCCGUUCGAUCCUACGCCUGAGGAUUAUAGCCUCGUGAGCCGUGGCUCGCGGUCGUGGUCGACAUUCACGAGCCGUGGAGUCCCAGGCCUCGAGGGUCACGACACGUUCCAAGGAUUCACACCUUCUUUCUCUGUAGGAAGCCAAGGCAAUGCUGAUGGAACAUUCUCGGUAUUUGUUGCGGGAGGGCCAAGCGAAGGCCUCUCCGCUACUGAUGGUCCUAACUCCAAGCCUGAGAUAGCUGCGCAGAAGCUGAAGGAGCGAUGCGCUUUUAUUAACUCGGACAAGAUCAUUAAGAACCUUCGCUUUUGAUCUACCUAUAGGUAUUGGAUCACUUUGGACCUAGCCGAAGCUUAUGUUAUGAUAGAUACCUACCUAAUUGUGUAAACAAAUGUAUCCCAUAGUAAUACGGUAGUUGUCAAUUGUUGGGCAUAUAAAACAGGCUUUGACUUGAGAUACAAUUCACUCGACAGGUACACUGUAGUACAAAACAUCCUUACCUGUCAUGGCGUGUGAGUGCUCGGUUGGUUACUACUCCUGAGUUGAAUUCAGGCGUCUG